CGCCCCUCGACCUUGCCGCGCUCUCGGUCCCCGACCGCCCUCUCGGCCUGUACCCGCCCACCCAGCACCUCAAGCACCGCCGCGUCCGCGCCCAGCGGCCCUCGAGCCAGGCCGCCUUCCACGCCGCACGCCGCGCGAGCUUCAACACCCCGCUGCGCGCUAUGCAGCUCGGCCGCCUUCCGACCGAGCGCGAGCUGGACGACGCCCUCCUCGCCGGCACCCUCGAGUGGGACGACGUCGACAUCGAGGCCCCCGACACGUCCGACGUCGAGACGCUCGCCGCCUUUGGCCGCAUGACGAGCAACGCCUACACGCUCCCGGACCGCGAGGGCUGGUACGACAUCGGCGACGGCUGGAACGUCAGCGACUCGUUCGGCUGGCAGGAGGACGGCCUGCGCGGCCACGUCUUUGCCGACGAGCACAACUCGACCGUCGUCCUCGCCCUCAAGGGCACGAGCGCCCUCAUCGUCGGAGGAGGCGGCGGGACCGCCAAGAACGACAAGACGAAUGACAACCUCCUCUUCUCGUGCUGCUGCGCGCGCGUCGACUGGUCGUGGUCGACCGUGUGCGACUGCUACGACGGGUCGUACAAGUGCCGCCAGGACUGCCUCGAGGAGGCCGUCAUCACCAAGAGCGCCUACUACCCGGUCGCGACGGACCUGUACAACAACGUGAGCGCCAUGUACCCGCACGCCCAGGUGUGGCUGGCCGGCCACUCGCUCGGCGGCGCAUUGGCGGCCAUGCUCUCGAGGACGUACGGCGUGCCGUCCGUCUCGUUCGAGUCGCCCGGCGACCUCCUUCCUGCCCGACGGCUACACCUUCCCCUCCCGCCCAUCAACAACCCCAACUCGUCCGCGCCCACCUCGCUCUCGUUCGGCUCGUCGUCAUCGUCGUUCCAGGCGCCGCGCUCGCACCGGUCCCUCGACGACGAGCUCACGACGCACGUCUUCCACACGGCCGACCCGAUCCCGCAAGGCCUGUGCACGGGCACCAUCUCGACGUGCGGCAUCGCCGGGUUCGCGCUCGAGAGCCGGUGCCACACGGGCAAGACGAUCCGGUACGACACGGUCGGCCGCCUCGGGUGGAGCGUCGACAUCCGCACGCACCCGAUCCACGUCGUCGUCGAGCAGCUCCUCAAGGACGACUGGGGCGUCAAGCCGCCCGAGGCGCUGGGCUCGAGCGCGCCGUCGUCGAGUGCGGGCUGGUUCGGGUGGUGGCCUGGGCGAGGCAAGAAGGAGGGCGAGGGCAAGGGCGAGGACGGCGAGGAGGGACGAGGGGACAAGAAGGAGCCCGACGACGGGCAGAACGGCGGCAAGGGCGUGCCGCAGGCCUUCUUCGAGGACGACGACUGUUCCGACUGCCGGCGGUGGGCCUACGUUUGAGCCUCUUCCCUGUACUUGUGCCCCUCUCGUACAUAGUCCCCUCCUCGCACUGUCUCCCUGUCGUUCUCGUAGCUAGAUAGCCAACGCUUCUCUCUCC